AUGUAUGCGUGCUGCGUGCUCCUGCUGAGCCCGGUCCUGCUGCCUCCUGCUGCAGCUUACAGCAGCAGGGACUCAGGCUCCUGCUACGGGGGAUUCGACCUCUACUUUGUUCUGGACAAGUCUGGCAGUGUCAGAGGAUACUGGAAUGAGAUUUCUUACUUUGUCGUCCACUUAACGAACAGGUUCAUGAGUCCUCAGCUGCGGAUGUCAUUCAUUGUGUUCUCCACCUCAGGAACGAUUCUCAUGUCUCUGACUAACGACAGAGAACAGAUCCGGUUGGGUCUGCAGGAGCUGAACCUGGUGGAGCCUGGAGGAGACUCGUUUCUGAACAAAGGACUCGAGCAAGCCAGUGCCCAGAUCUACUACAGCAGCGGUGACGCUCACCGAAUGGCGAGUGUGAUCAUUGCUCUGACAGAUGGAGAACUCAGAGAGAACCAGUUUGAGGACGCUCAGAGAGAGGCGGGCAGAGCUCGGCAGCUCGGGGCGACGGUCUACUGUGUCGGAGUGAAGGACUUUAAUCAAACACAGCUCUCCACCAUCGCUGAUAGUCAGGACCAUGUGUUUCCAGUGAACGAUGGCUUCCACGCUCUACAUGGUGUCAUCGACUCAAUCCUGAAGAGGUCGUGUAUCGAGAUCCUGGCCGUGGAGCCGUCCAGUAUCUGUGCAGGAGAAUCCUUUCAAGUCGUCGUCCGUGGAAACGGUUUCCUCCACACAACAGACGUCCAGAAGGUUCUCUGCAGUUUCCGAAUCAACGACACUGACACACGCCUGGAGCGACCUCUGGAUGUGAGCGACUCGUACCUUCUGUGUCCUGCUCCGGUUCUGGACUCAGUGGGAACGACGACCUUGCUCUCCGUCAGCAUGAACCACGGUCUGAGCUUCAUCUCCAGCUCCAUCACCAUCACUGCCACCAGCUGCUCUGAUGGGAGGUUCCUGGUGCUCUCCCUGCUGGUCCUGCUGCUGCUGCUCCUGCUGGUCCUGCUGUGGUGGUUCUGGCCUCUCUGCUGCUCAGUGCUGAUCCACGAUCCACCUCCGCUCCCCGUCUCUGAGGAUUCAUUCGACGAUGAAGAAGACUUUCCAAAGAAGCAGUGGCCGAGAGUCGAGGCGUCUUACUACGGAGGACGAGGAGUCGGAGGAAUCAAGAGGAUGGAGGUGCGAUGGGGAGAUAAAGGCUCCACAGACGAAGGAGCCAAACUGGAGAAAGCCAAGAACGCUCGUGUGGUGAUGCCGGAGCGCGAGUUUGAUUCCCCUGCCCCACGACCCCUCCCCCACACACACAGGACCAGAACCCCGCAGAAGUGGUACUCUCCCAUCAGGGGGAAACUUCACGCUCUCUGGGUCUUCAUCAGAAAAGGUUAUGACCGAGUAUCAGUGAUGAGGCCUCUACCAGGAGACAGAGGAAAGUGCAUCACAUUCAAACGAAGUGCCUCGUACCCGGCCCCUCCCUCCAUCUACCACCGACCCUCCACUCCGCUCUACACUGUCCCCCACCGAGGGUCCGGCCAGGUGCCCCCAUCUCCCACCUCCACCUUGCCCUCACCCCCCACUUACCCCCUGCCUCCAUCUCCCUCCUCCACCUUGCCGCCGCUGCCAACCUCCCCCCCUCCCUCUUUCAGCUCGUUCUGGUCUGAUUACACACACUCUGCUCCUCCCUCACCCUCCAGCUCAUCCCCCCCUCCCUCACCCACCACCUCGUUACCCCCACCUCCCCACGUCCCGGCCCCCACCCGUGCCCCCCCUCCCUCACGCCCGCCACCGCACCCUGAGGACUGA